AUGGGUAAUUGCAAUAUAAAAGGUAAUGAGGUAGAGGAUGAUUCAAGUAUAGAUUUAUAUAUAGAUUUAGACUUAUCAUCUAAGAAUUUUGAGUUUAUUGAGCUUAUAGGAUAAGGAAGUUUUGGGAAAGUAUGGAAAGUUAAAAGAACAAAAAACAAUGAAUAUUUUGCGAUGAAAGUUAUGUUGAAAGCAGAGUAUGUAUUUAUUAAUAAUUUAGAAUAAUAAAGAAACAUUAAACCUCUGCUAUAAUGAAUGAAAAAAACAUUUUAAGCUCUAUUAGACAUUCUUUUUUAGUCAAUUUGAUAGCUGCAUUUUAAGACAAAAAGAAAUUAUAUUUAACACUUGAUUUAUUGACUGGAGGAGAUCUAAGAUAACAUUAAAUUUAUUGUAAAGUGUUUUCUGAAGAGCAAACAAGUAAUAUUUUUAUAUAAUGUAAGAAUUCUUUGUUGCUUGCAUAAUAAUAGCCUUAGAAUAUGUUCAUUCCUAAGGGAUUAUUCAUAGAGACCUUAAACCAGAAAAUUUAGUAAUGGACCAUCGAGGAUAUCUCAGAUUGACAGAUUUUGGUUUGGCUUCUAUUUGGAGACCAAAUAAUUCUUCAGAAAUAAAUGGAACUUUAGGUUAUGUAGCACCGGAAAUAAUGUGCAAACAAAAUCAUGGGAUUGCUGUUGACUAUUUUGCUUUGGGAGUUAUCGCAUAUGAAUGUAUGCUAGGCAAAAGACCAUAUACAGGAUCUGAUGCUGUUCAAAUCAGAGAUUAGAUGUUAUCUAAAUAAGUUUAAAUCAAAAGAUCAUAAUUGCCUAUUGGUUGGAAUUUAGAAGCUGGAGAUUUCAUUAAUUAGGUAUUAUCAUAUAAUAACAUAUAGUUAAUAUAAAGAAAACCUGAAAAUAGAUUAGGCACUUCAAAUCCAAAUGAUGUUAAAAAUCAUAAAUGGUUUAAAAAUUUUGAUUGGAAAAAAUUAGAAUAAAAAAUUAUGCUUUCUCCUUAUCAACCAAAAAGAAAGUUUAAUUUUAAACAGAAAUAAAAUAUAUCUUAAUAAAGCACGAAAGAAGAUCACAAAAAAAAUUUUAAUGAUUAACCUUAAAGUAUUUAUAUAUUUAAACCUUUAGCAAACUUUGAAGGAUAUUGUUUUGAGUUAGAAUAAUAAUUAAAGAAUAAAUUGUGA